CAAAGCUCACGACGACAGCUCUUGCACAACAAACCAGUCCAACAAUGGACCCGACCAAGCAUAAUGCUGCAGCCCUCCACGCCCGCGUAGACAAGAUCUGCAACGCGCUGAUAGGCCAUUUCGCCAAUGUCGCCGGUGCUGUCAAAGAAGACGAUCCGAAGACGAAGGAAGAUCCGAAGGAGAACGACUACAGUAGCACGGCUCAGAAGGAGCUGACUAUCAACGAAGAGAUUGCAUCUUUUAUCCGAGCAGGUCAAGACCUUUCCGUCCUAAUCCGCGAGCUCCAAGAAGUGUGGCUUUUCGGGGGCCUUGACACACUGAUCCACGAAGCGCAUACCGACGAGGCCAAGGCUUUCCGGAUCGCAACUUUGAUGGAGGAGCUAGCUAAGGGAACAGCGAAGCCGAAAGAUGUGGAGAAGGGCAUGGGAAAGCAGGCUGGUUUUGGGUAAGACGUAUCGCUACCCGGGAGAGAGAGAGCAAGAACAAGACAAUGGGUGGGGCGUUGGCAUCCUAGACACCAUACCAGAUAUUAGGCAACCUGUCUCUGAGGCACGAGCCGGUUGCCACGCUGGGCCAUCCGCAAGACU